AGGAGGGCGGCUAAGAGGAGGGAAAUUUAAAAAGUCCGGACUGUCUGUUGGUGACAGUACAGCUGAGUCGCUGGAUGAAGUCAGUUAGUUUAGCUACAUUAUAGUCGUUACAGAUUACUUUGUAAGAAUAUUAUUUAGAUAUAAUCACGUGAUUUCGAAGCGAGACUCACUCUCUAAAUCACAGAAUGGAAACGUAUCACGAUCAGAUUUUAGACUCGCCCUCCAAAAACAGUUACAUUGGCAGCUAUUACAAGCCUCCAGACAGGAUAGUACCAUUACCAAUAGAGCCUGAGCUCCGUGCACACUCAGCUACUAGAAUGGACCCACAGGACACCAGCCUUCAGGUGCCUUUGACCAGACCUAAUAUUGACAGCAAAGCUGUUAUUGAUGCCCUGAAGACCCUCCAGGAGAAAAUUAGACGGCUGGAGCUGGAAAGGAAGCAAGCAGAGAAGAGCUACCAACAGUUCUGCCAUGAGGCUCAGAAACAUCAGCAGGUCACAGCAUCUUACACAGUGCCAAGUCAACCAGUACACCACCUACCUGAGACAGAUAACUCUUACAGGAAAGAGCUGGACUUGAAGUUGCAGUCUGCAGAGACUCGGUGUAAAAUUCUUGAGAAGCAGCUGGACUACAUGAGGAAGAUGGUUGAAAAUGCUAAGAAGGAGAGAAAUGCUCUCAUGGAGAAUCAGACUUCGCUGCAGAAUCAGCAACCGAGCAGCUCAAACACCCAAUCUCAGCGGGAGAAGUUGGAAAAACUUGAAUCAGAGUGUCUCAAAUUGAGUAGAAUGCAGACACGGGCAGAAAUGAAGCUUGCAAUUCUGGAGCAAAAACUACUGAAAGAAGAGCAUGAGCGUAAACUUGUGCAGGAAAAAGCAGAUGAGCUGCAGAGGGAGCUGGGUAUCAGUCAUCAAUAUCCUGUGCCAUCUACUGAAGAGACAAAGCCAAAGAAGAAAACAAAAAAGACUAUCAAGAAAACCUCUAAACAGAAUGAGCUGACAACACGCAGCAGCCUAAGAUGCAAAAAAAUGCCUUUUGUUGCAGGAACGUCGACAAGCCCAAGCCAUUCGGUCCAUGCCAACGUACAAAGUAUCCUUCACAUGAUGAAGUACCAUCAGCCCCAGCUGUGUGAACGAGUCAGUGCUCUGCACAGAUCUGGUUGUAGUGCCAAGAAAAGCCUCCAAAAGGACUUUUCUUCAUCUUCUACUACUUUUAAGAAGUUUGAGAACCUGUCUGAGCAAGCAGAUCAGUCACUGGGCUCGCUGUCUGACCUGCUUUUAGCUCUGCAGGAUGAGCUAGGACAAAUGAGUUUUGAGCAGCAGGAGCUGGUGUGUCAGAUUGAUGCAACUGAAAAUUGGGAGCAAAAGCAGGACCUGCAGAGAGAACUGGAGAGGUUGGCCAUCAGAAUAGAAGAGAAGGGAGCUCAAAUCACUAAGCUCCGCAAACACCAGCAGAUGGUCCAUAAAUUGACCCAGAGCCAGCCAUGUGCCGAAGAACACGCAGCCAAGAAGCGGGGUGGGAUCAAGCCACCUGUUCCUUCUCCUGUUAAGGCAAAGCAGAAAGGUGGGACACCUCACAAUAACCUGCAGCUUCUCAGAGAGACACAGAAGUUCAGACACAGCCUCAAACAAGAUGACCUGUCCUGGGAAACAUGAGCUUCUCUCAGAGACUUUCUGGGUUAUGGAUUUGAUCCCUCAGUUGGAUGAACCACAAGACUCCUCUUGGUUCCUUGCGACAUGUUUUGUGUGGCCCAAACAUCCUCUGGGCCAUUUUAGUAACAAAUAAAACAAGAGCAUAAAGUGUUUUACAUGGGAUUUGAGCAUGUGUUUAUCAUAAGAGCUGUAGUUUUGGCUCUUACAAGAUCUACAGAAUGAAAUGAAAUCUUAGUUUUUAGUUAAUGAACCGUGGCCUUAACUGGCCUACAGAAUGACUUAAUGAAAUGCAUUUAGUGUAUCAAAUUUCAGAUGAAGCUGGAUAAAUAUUUUUAUU